AUGGGUUUGACAAAGGAGGAGAAACUAGCCAAAAAAGAGGCAAAGAGAUUAGAAAAGUUGAGACAGGAAGAAGAGGCACGGAGGCAGUUGAAACGUGACGAACUCCAACGUGAGAUCUCUGCGUUUACGUUACGAAGAGCGGCUCUUGAUAAGAGUUGGCGUGAAACAAUGAUGAAAAUUAAAGAGCCCGUUUUUAUAACAGAUAUUGAAAUUAUGUGGCACGUGUUUGAAAGGGCUUACGAUAAAAAAGAUCAUCUUAUUAAACAUAUCAUGAAACUAAUUGACACUGCAGAUGAUCAGUUUCAAAGAACUGUAGCGAGCUUCUGUGUUAUUAUUGAUGGGAUGAUUAACAAAUUUUUGACAGACUUAGAUGAUUUAUCUAAGGAAAAUGAUAUCAGAACCGCUGCAUUAUUAAAGAGAGGUGAAGAUGAUGUUGCUAAUAUUAUGCGGGAUCAUGAAGCAGCUGAAACUCAUUUACAGCUGCUAUUAUAUCAUUCUCAUACAUCUGCUGAUGCAGCAGCAUGGACAGUGCGUGGAGAAAAUUUGGUAAAACAAGACGAGGAUCGAAGUAAAUUUGAAAAUGAUCGUGAAAAUUUACGUUCGUAUCUAGAAAACGUUUAUAAUGCUACAUGGGAGGAAUAUAAGUCUGUUCUUCGGGCCUAUGUCCUAGACACUGCCGAAAAUCAAAAACAACUCCGUAAAUUACGACGUAAAGAAACUGUAAUGUCUGACAUAAUUGCCUCUCAAGGUAAAAAAAUUGCGAAUAGCGAUGGGCUACUAAAACGUCUGCGUUCAGAGCUGGCGGCAUAUGAAUCAGGUACAAAACAGGCUGUCUUUCGAGAUCGGCGUGACAGGCAUAGAAAUGCCUGUUUAACGUUAAAGAAAAAUAUGUACAAUGGUGUUGAAACCGAUAUGAGACAGAUGGCGAGGUUGGUGAGGGUUUCUGAUGAUGCUGUGGAAUGGCUACAGGCAGCGUUCUCAAAGGUUGAAAGAAUACUUCGAAUGGCAGCACUCUGUCGUAAAUUUGAAACGCGCCGCGAAAAAGUUUUACCUUAUGGAUCAUGCCCUCCUCAAAGUCCGAUGCAGGCUAAGCUUUCUGUACGACAGCAAAUGUCUGACGAGUCAUUAAUUGUACACGCAAUGAGUGCAAAUACUGGAUUGACUAGAUUGUGGCAUAGAAUUUCUAAAGCAGAAUUAACUAAGAGAGCUUUAUAUCGUGAAAAAAUGUUACUAGAAAAAGAAAACGCAUUUAUAAUUAGCCGCUUAGAAGCUAAUGAUGAAAAAGAAAUCUCUCUAGGAACUCAAAACUGCAAAUGCACAUCUACUUCAAGAAUUGCUUCCAUAACUGUCAUAAAAGCACCAGUGAUUGAAGCUAAAAACGCAUCAGCUAGCAAAAUGAGCUCAAAUUCAAUAGCCAAUUCUCAAUUACAUGAAGAUAUUAUUUAA